AUGUCCUUUCAGCUAUUUUUACUGCAGUGGGUGUGCGGGAGGGUUAAUGACGUGGAGCAAUGCCAGUGGAUCAGACAGAAGUUUGAGACACCGGAAGUCAUGCAGUUCAGUCUGGAGGAGAAGAGGACUCUGUUGGCCAGAAUGAUCCGAUCCACCAGGUUUGAGGAGUUUCUCCAGAAAAAUUGCUCAUUGGAGAAGCGUUUCGGUUUGGAGGGUUGUGAAUCUCUCAUACCGGCCCUCAAAACCAUCAUCGACAAGUCCAGUCAGAGCGGAGUUGAGAGUGUGAUCAUGGGAAUGCCGCACAGAGGUCGGCUGAAUGUGCUGGCCAAUGUAAUCCGGAAAGAACUUGAUCAAAUUUUCUGCCAGUUUGACUCUAAACUAGAGUCUGCAGAUGAGGUUUAAAUAUUACCUUCAGAGACAAGGGACGAUAAUGAUAGCAAUAAUAAUCGGAACAACAACAAAACAACAACAAAAUUUGUCACAUUGCCACUCAUGGCGAACCCGCCCCACCUCGAAGCAGUGGACCCUGUGGUGCAGGGGAAGACCAAUGCUGAGCAGUUCUACUGCGGGGACACUUAGGGCAAGAGGGUGAUGUCUAUCCUGCUUCAUGGCGAUGCUGUAAUUGCAGGCCAGGGUAUCGUGUACGAGACAUUUCACCUAUUUGACCUGCCCUCCUACACCACGCACGGCACCAUUCACGUGGUGGUCAACAAUCAGAUUGGCUUCACCAUAGACCCCAGGAUGGCUCGCUCAUCUUCUUACCCCAGAGAUGUGGCCCAGGUCGUUAAUGCUCCCAUCUUUCAUGUCAAUGCAGAUGAAGAGGCUGUGAUUUAUUUGUGCAGUGUAGCAUCCAAGUGGAGGAACACCUUCCAUAAAGAUGUGGUUGUAGACCUGAGCUUCGUGACUGGUACACUGGACCAUGAGGCAUUCACACCCACGGCUGCUUCGACAAGCAGUCGAAUGAGGAGAAGAGGGAGUCGCCUACGAGGCGCAGGGGCCUUGGGAGACAGGGCAGAGGUCGGCGUGUACAGCCUCACAGAGCUGCUAGCACAGCUGUUCUUCUUCAAACACUCAACUCACAUCCGUCUCUUUUAGGAGGAAGUGGCGAGAUACGACAAAAUCAGCGGGUAGGCUUAUGCUAGCUCCAAAGACGAGAAGAUCCUUCACAUAAACCACUGGCUUGAGUCACCAUGUCCUGGUUUUUUCACACAGGAGGGUCAGCCGAAAACUAUGAGCUGCCCCUGCAAUAGCAUCAGUGAAGAGGAGCUCGGCCACAUACGAAACAUCGCUACCUCUGUCCCGGAGGAAGAUUUCACUUUACAUGGAGGUUUCAGUUGUGCCCUAAAGGGCCGUGCAAACAUGGUGAGUCAGCGAAUGUGUGACUGGGCUCUCAGCGAGAACAUGUCCUUCGGCUCUUUGCUCAAAGACGGGAUCCAUGUACGUCUCAGUGGCCAGGAUGUGUCCACUGAGACUUAGAGAGGCACAUUUGGUCAUCGGCACCAUGUUCUUCAUGACCAGAACGUUGACAAGAGGAUCUGCAUUCCCGUGAACCACAUCUCCCCUGAUCAAGCUUACACUCUCUGCAACAGUUCUCUAUCUGAAUAAGGAGUACUAGAACUGGCAGCGCAGCUCUGA